AUGCAUCUGUCUACAGUGUUAUUUGCUAUUUUUGUAGCGCUCUAUUGCGCUAAUGUUGUAUCCGCAAGUGAAUAUGGCAUCAGCUGUCAAUGCUCAUGCUGCUCUUUAAAGAAAAGAAACGCAUGUACGCCAAUCAAUGCCGAUGCCGUCAGAAUAGAUACUACUGAAUGUGACAAUACCAAGUGUAUCAACGCUUGCAAAGCGCAGUAUCCAUCUUGUGAAACCGCUCGAGGUUUAAUAAUGCAGUCUACAUGCAAAUAUUUAGAAGCAGAAGCAACAUCGGCACCCACAACAGUUACAACAACUUUAAGUACAACUACUACUACGGUAAGCUCAAUUACCAGCACGGCUGCAAGUUCCAGCACUACUGGAAGUUCGAGCACUACUGGAAGCUCGAGCACUACUGGAAGCUCAAGCUCCACCACAUCAGGAGGCUCAAGCUCCACCACAUCAGGAGGCUCAAGUUCUACCACAUCAGGAGGCUCAAGCUCUACCACAUCAGGAGGCUCAAGCUCUACCACACCAGGAGGCUCAAGCUCUACCACAUCAGGAAGCUCAAGCACCACCACUGACGGCAAAAGCAGUACGUCAUCAAAAGAGAGCACUACACGAAAAUCAGGUGCCAGCACCAUACAAUCUGUUUUUCAAUUAUCACAUCUUCUUCUCUUAUCUUUUGCACUAACAUUUUUAUGCUUGUAA